AUGGACUGCAGCGCUGAUACGGCACUUUCUCUCCUCACGCUCAAGCGCACCCACACUUGGCUUGGUCACAUAACCACCGGAGAUGAGAAGUGGAUUUCUUAUUCUAACAUUCACCGACGUACCCAAUGGGUUGACAAAGGUACGUAUGCAGAAGACGCCCCUAAACUCAACGUACAUGCCAAAAAGGUUAUGCUCUGCAUCUGGUGGAACAAGCACGGCGUCAAAUACUGGGAGCUGCUCCCUCAGGGAUGUACAGUGACUGCAGACGUCUACACUGAGCAACUGAACAAUUUGAAGACAAAUCUCGAAAAAACAUGCCCGCAGCAGCGCGAAGUCUACUUCCAGCACGACAACGCUCGGCCGCACAUUGCAAGAACGACCAAAGCCACUGAUGAAACUAGGUUGGGCCAUUUUAACACACCCACCGUAUUCCCCAGGUCUGACUCCCUCGGAUUACCACUUUUUUCCCUAUCUCCAGCGUCACGGUCAUGGUCAAGACUUCCAAAUCCGCGACGACAUCAGAAAGGCACUCGAGCAGUUCUUCAAGAAGCAGUCCCCAGCGUUCUGGAACAAGGGCAUCUACGAUCUGCCUAA